AUGGCGGACGCCCUGACGAAUGCAGGGACCUGCAUGUUCGACGAUGCAGUCAUGGCGGCGAAGCUCCCCUCCGCAGUGGUCCAGCGCUUCAACGAGUGCCUAAUCACAGGCGCUCCCACGACCGAGGAUGACCAGAAGGUCAUCGCUGAUACUAUCUUUGAGUGGGCCCGAGAACGGGGAGCCAUUGACUUUGCUCACUGGUUUUUCCCCUUGCGUGGCGGUGGCGGUGCUGUCGGCGGCAUGCUGGGCGCCUUCAAGCGCGACACGCUGAUGGACCUGGAGUUCGGCUCCAAGUACGUCACCAAGCCGAUGAAGGCCUGCCUGCCUGCGGAGAGACUCUUCCAGGGCGAGACGGAUGGUUCAUCCUUCCCCAAUGGUGGCCUGCGCGUCACGCACUCGGCAGCCGCUUUCACCACCUGGGACAGGUCAUCCCCACCCUUCGUGAUGGACAAGUGCCUUUAUAUUCCUUGUGCCUUCAUCACCCACUUCGGGAAGUGCAUUGAUGAGAAGACGCCGCUACUGCGAUCAAUGGAUGCUGUCAAGACCCAUGGGCUGCGGUUGUUGAAGGCCAUUAGCAUCGGCACCGAUGCGCAGACUAUGCACAGUUACCUGGGCUGGGAGCAGGAGUUCUUCGUGCUGAAGGCAGAUCACUUCAAGGCCCGCCCAGACUUGGUGAAUUGCGGCCGGACGCUCUUUGGCAAGCUCCCCACGCGGCACCAGCAGGGAGACCUGAACUACUUCCAGCCGAUCCCGGGCAAGGUGCAGGAUCUUCUUGACACCGUGCAGGCUGAGAUGCUGAAGAUCGGCUGCCCGAUGGCCGUGAAGCACAACGAGGUGGCACCUGGACAGCACGAAAUGUCUCCGGUCUUCCGCGCUGCGAACGUCUCCUGUGACAGCAAUGUGUGCUUCAUGGAGGUCAUGAACAGGGAAGCUGCCAAGCUGGGACUGCAGGUCCUCUUCCACGAGAAGCCCUUUGCCGGCAUCAACGGAAGCGGGAAGCAUGCAAACUGGUCAGUUGGCACGGACACUGGCCUCAACUUCUUCUACCCUGGCAAGAACGAGGAUGGGGCCAAGCUGUACGUGACUGCCAUCGCAUGCCUGUCCUAUGGAUUGGCGCAGUACAACGAGAUGGUGCGGUGCACUGUGGCCAGCGCAGGCAACGACCACCGCUUGGGUGCCCAGGAGGCCCCUCCGGCCAUCAUCUCGCUCUACCCGGGACAGGGGUUCGAGCAGUUCGUGGACUCCGUGGUCAAUGGCGGCGAUCUGCUGGGUUACAAGGCUGAGAAGAAGAAGCAGGAGACAGGAUGCAGCUCUGCCAUGCACAUCGAGGCUAAUGUCGAAGAUCGUAACCGCACCGCGCCAUUCCCCUUCUGCGGCAACCGGUUCGAGUUCCGCGCCGUCGGCUCUUCACAGAACUGCUGCUUCCCCAUCAUGGUGUGCAACGCCAUCAUGUCUGCUGGAAUGUCCCACAUGGCAUCGCUCAUUGAGGGUGGCAUGAGCCAUCGCGAUGCUGUUGCUCAGGUGUUCAAGGAGAACAAGCACGUCAUCUUCACAGGAAACGGCUACUCGGCCGAAUGGCCUGUUGAGGCGGGCAAGCGUGGCCUGCCGAACCUGAACACUACGCCCAAGGCUGUGGCAACCUGGAACUCGGAGAAGAACCGCAAACUCUUCGAAACACUGAAAAUCUACACGGCCGAGGAGACCGAGGCACGGCAGGAGGUCAUGUAUGAGAACUAUAUCUCGAGCAUCUGCUGCGAGGUGGAGACCAUGAUAAACAUGACAGAGACGGGCUUCCUGCCAGCAUGUGCCAAGGACAUGGAGAAGUACAAGGGAGUGGAGAAGCUGGGAGGAAGCAGGAAAACCAUUUACGACAAUGUCGUGGACCAGCUCGAGAAGCUCAAGGCCGUGUAUCAGGCCAAGCCGCACACAUCCCUGGCCGACGAGGCCACCUACCUCUGCGAUACCGUCAAGGCGCAGAUGUUGGCCCUCCGCGCGGCAGUGGACAAAGCCGAGACUGUGAUGGAAUCGAGCUU